AUGUCUACUGUUUGGCCGGGUGAAAUACUAGAAUACACAGAUGACUGUCUAGAAGGGCAUGGGAUAUAUAAAGAAAUGUCUGGUGAGAAUGAAGAAAUGUUCAUUUCCAGCAUAGCGGGGACAGUAAAACAAGUUGAUAGAUUAAUAACCAUUGAAGCAGACACAUACUGGUAUACGCCAGGAGUGGGUGAUGUUGUGGUGGGCUGGGUUACUGGCAUAGCAAAUAAAAGAUGGUAUGUUGAGAUUAAUUCUAGGCAAGACACCGUUCUACUUCUUAAUUCAAUCAAUCUUAUAGGAAAUGUUCAAAGAAGAAAAGGAGAACUAGAUGAAAUAAUGAUGAGUGAAUAUUACUCGAUAGGGGAUAUAGUAAUAGCAGAAGUGCAGUCCACAGGAAACAAGAUACAGCUACACACAAGAAGUUCAAAGUACAGAAAGAUAUCCUUUGGUGUUCUAAUUAAGCUGGAAGGAGCAGUAACGGAUAAUAGAGGACAGUACCAUAAACAAACAGUGAACGGAAAGGAAAUAGAAAUAGUGAUAGGUAAAAAUGGCUAUGUGGUAGUACACAGCGAUGAUCAUACUGCCCAUGGAGAGAUCAAAGAGGUGGCACUAUCCCUUUCUAAUUAUAUAUAAGCCGAAAUAUCCCAAUUGUAGUAGAACAAAUUUCGGA